AUGACAAGACCUCACAUUAUUCGCGCUGACGGCGACGACGACGACGUAUCGGAUUCAGACGAUCUCGCGGACGAGGUCUCCAAACGGCUCAACGGCGGCGCGAUGGACGAUGCAAGCAAGAAACACCAAGAUGCGCUGGCCAUCGCGCAAAAUGGAGGCACAUCGGGCAACUCCGACGACGGAGACAUGGACGACACGGACGAGAGCUUGGACGACGACAUGAUGGACAAGAUCUCUAGUUCGCCUUCGAUUGAAGAUGUCAUCAUCAUCUUCGCGGACCGAUAUACCGACGACGACGAUCGAUACGAUCAGUUCUUCGACGAGCUUUACGAGGAGUUAUGCGACGAUGCUGGCGGUAGUCUCUUUUACGGAAAAGAUUGGGUGGAGGAGCGGAGCGACAAGUUUGAGGAUAAGUUUGGACUGGAGAGUGUAGCACAGCAUGGGCCGAUAGUGGUUCGUCCACUUCGACUCCGCGGAUCUAGCUCCGAGGAUUUCGCGCAGCGUCGCGCUGAGAUGGAGCGGGCAGAAUGGGACGAGGCGGCCGAAGCAAACCUUGACGACGAACACGACGAACACGACAGCGAUUUUUCGCUCAUGAUACCCUACGAACCCUCGAUCGAAGAUGAUGAUGAUGACGAAUUUUCCUUCUCUGAUGACUCUAGGUUCAUUGCUGGUGGCUGGGGCAACGAGUGCUUACACGAAGCAGAGGACAUCGAUUUCGAAUUUGUCUACGCCCUCCACACCUUUGUCGCGACCGUCGAAGGCCAAGCGAAUGCCACGAAGGGAGAUACCAUGGUGCUACUAGAUGACAGCAACAGCUAUUGGUGGCUGGUGCGAGUGGUGAAGGACAGCAGCAUCGGUUAUCUCCCGGCAGAGCAUAUUGAGACGCCAACCGAGAGACUGGCGCGCUUGAACAAGCACAGGAAUAUUGACGUAGUCGCUCCCUCCCAGGAAGAGAUGAACCUAUCUGACUUAGAUCAGCUUUCCGCUACAAUGCUUGGAGACCAGGCUGGAGAGAAGUCCAAGAGCACGUUCAAGACGGCUCUGAGGAAGAAGAAGAAGACCGUCGCGUUUGCACCACCGACGUUUGUCGACUACUCGGACAUUGACUAUUCUUCGGAUGAAGAGGAUAUGGAGGAGAUGUUCUCUCAGCAGCAGGGACAGCAGCAACAGCAACAGCAGCAACAGGCUGCCACCCAGCAGUCAACUGAGGAGGCGGAAGAUGAGACGGCGAAGGUCGAGCCACUGAAGCCCAGGACGAUCAAGGAAGUCAAGGUUGCGGAGCCGGCCAAGAAAGAGGAGGUUGCAGAAGACGACGGGAAGCGUGACAGCGGAGAGAUAUUUGAGAAGCCAGAGGGCCCGAGUCGAUCGAGGAACGGCACUGUCAGGAACACCGACUCUUUCUUUAAGGACGAAACGGUCGAGACCAAGAAGAUCACGCUUACGCCUAACUUGCUUCGCGAUGACAACAGCUCACGACCCUCGACGACGGAAAGUGUUAAGCAACGACCCAGUCUGGACAAGUUGGACAAGGAGCUGCAACCCGACAAGAAGGAUGACAAGAAGAAGAAGGAUAAGGAUAAGAAGGAGAAGGACAAGAAGCCCAGCGCCAUCCGGAGCUUCUUCUCGCGUAAGGACAAGAAGAAGGUUGUGGACGAUGACGACGAGUCCUUUGGCAAGAGGUCGAUGGAUAUUGUUACCGAAUCACAAGACCGGGAGUCUGAGGAGCAGCCGUCGUCGCCGAGAACAAGCGGCGGAUCUUCAGGCGGGCCCGAACGGACAGCAAGCAAGCUCACGAAGCAACAGCCUAGGGUGGAGCCAUCACUGUCGAGGAAGGGGGCAACAACGCCACAAAAGUCUGCUACCCGUGAACUUAGCGAGUUCAUCUCUUCUGAAGGCCGACCCAACAACGUGUCGAAUGUGCCGCCAGCCUCUAUGCGUAUCGUCGAGGACGAUUCUUCCGAUGCCGACGCCGAACCGAAGAAGGCCGAGACCAAGCACUCGCAAAAGUCGUCCUUGUCCAAGAUCAUGCCUUCGAGAAGCAGCGAGCCCAAGGAGCCGAAACCCCAAAAGGUUACGAAGGCUAAGUCGCGUGUGGAACUCGACGAUUUCGACUCAUCUGGCGAAGAGAUUGACCCCAGUGGUCCCUCUGUGCAACAACCAGUUGAGGAGGAGCCGAAGGACGAGAAGCUGGUCCGCCCGGUGCCAGGUGCUUUCCCCGAUAGCUACAUGAGCGGUCAAAGCGCCCAGACCGACAGGACAAUCACUCCUUCGCAGCCUAUGCCCCAACCCCAGCCCACCGCUGCGGAUCGGGAGAAGGAUCGCCUCUCCGAGUCGCCGGUUCAAGUCUCUCCAGUUACGACGAGCAACCCGCCUGCGCUCAUGGUCGACACCUCCAGUCAGGAUGGCCACUCCUCAUCGCCAUCGCCAGAGCUCAUCGAUGCCGAUGAGGUGGGCAGACAUCGCGCUCAGGAUUCGAUGACUGCCAGCUCAACCUCAACAGGAGGGAGCACCACGGGCAGUAGCUGGAACGACGCGAAGCUCCGAGCAUUCUUCGACUCCAGCUCAGACAUCCGUGACAUGCUGGUCGUUGUGUACGACAAGAGCGAUGUUGCUCCCGCAGGACCGGAUCAUCCCGUCGCAGGAAGCUUGUUCCGCGAACAGAACGCCAAGUUGGCAGAAAUCACUACACAACUUGACAACAUGCUUGGCGACUGGCUAGCACGCAAGCAAAGACUUCGAGGCACGGUCUAA